AUGCAAAUAACUGAAACAACUUCGGAUAUUAUAAAUGGUAAUGAUUGUAUUGAAUUAACAUUAUCACAAGGAACAAAUGCUACUAGUUUACAAUUAACACUAUCUGAUCAAUUAUAUCGUCAAGUAAAAAUUGAUGAAGAAAAUCGAUUAACACAUGGUGGUGAAUUAACAGAAAAUGCUACAGAAAGUGAAAAUAAAGAUAAUGAUAAUGAUGUGCGUGUUGAAAAAAAUAAAAAAUAUGGUCCAUAUCGAGCACUUAAUAUUGACUUAAAUGAAAAAUCUAUUCAGUCGAUUCCUACACCAUCACCAUUGACAUCUCAAUUAAAAGAAUCGGUUCCUAAACAAAAAAUAAUUGAAAAACAAGAACAAUCAUCAACAUCGAAAUCUAAACACAAACGAGAACAUACUGAUGAUAAAGAAUUAUUAUCACCAGCUGACGAAGAAGAAAAUCGUCCAACUUCUUCUACACCUUCUCCUCCUCCUACUACUACUGCAGAGAAAACCAAAGUAAAAAAAUCAUCGUCAGAAACAAUAACAAUAGUAUAUACAAAUACUUCUGUGUCACUCCUAUUGGACAUUAUGACGGAUGAUAUUCAUUCAACAAAUCAAUCUGAGCAACAAUACAAUGAACAAGAUACUUAUAAACCAGUUGCUCAAUCUGACAAUUUGACAAUUGUAAACUCAAUAAUUAUUCUAGUUUAA